UAAUGAAGGAUGGAAGAUAUCAAUCAAAUCAGCACCGUCCAUUUCAUAUUAGAGAUUUAAAACAAAUCAGCACCGUCCAUUUAUUUCCCAUGAUACUUCUUUCUUACUUGGCCGCAACACCCAACUACAUCACAUUCUUUCUAUUACCAUUUACAUAAAGGAGAUUCGUAUCUCAAAACUUCUUGGAGAGACAUACCAAAAAACAUAAACUCCAAUCGCAACAUUUUCGCGUUUUUGGAUGGGGAAGAAGCAGUUUAGUGUUGCGGUGGCGGCUACAUUCUUAUCCUUGGUUCAUAUCGUUGUCUCAGUUCCAUUCAUAAUGCUUCAUGGAAUUUCAGCUGAAUGUUCUGAUCAUACCAAUUCUAACUUCCCAAGGCUUCUCUCUAACCUCUCCGGCUCUCGUGGCUCUUGCGUAGAAAUUGGAAAUGGAAAAAGUGAUUCAUGGCUUAUGCCACUUACAAAGCAAGUAGAAAUCGUGUGUGACAAGGUGAAGCAAAUGAAAGAGUUACGUCUAGGAUACAACAUUGUUGCAAGAUCUCAGGGGAACUUAGUAGCACGCGGGUUGAUCGAGUUUUGCGAUGAUGGGCCUCCGGUUUACAACUAUGUAUCUUUAGCCGGUCCUCAUGCUGGAGAAUCCUCUGUUCCUUUUUGUGGUUGUUAUGAAUGGUGUGAUAUAGCAGAUAAAUUGAUGGAGAAAAAUAUCUAUUCCGACUUCGUUCAAGAUCAUUUAGCUCCUAGUGGUUAUAUCAAAAUCCCUACUGAUAUCUCAGAGUAUAUGAAAAGUUCUAAGUAUCUACCAAAGCUAAACAAUGAGAUACCAAACGAAAGAAACUCAACUUACAAAGAGCGUUUCACCCGCCUAAAGAACUUGGUUCUGAUUAUGUUUCAGAAUGAUACGGUUAUUGUUCCCAAAGAAUCAUCUUGGUUCGGUUUUUACCAGGAUGGUAAUUAUACAUCUCAACCUCCUCUUCUCUCCGCUCAACAGACAAAGCUCUAUACAGAAGAUUGGAUCGGUUUGAAAACAUUGGAUGUUGCUGGAAAAGUGAAGUUUGUGAGUCUACCUGGCGGACACCUCCAAAUAGCAACUACCGAUGUUAUCAAAUACGUCGUGCCUUAUCUCCAAAACCAACCAUCUUGAUCCAUACAAAACGAAGGAAUCUUUGCGUCAUUAAAACAAGCAGAUACCUCAUUUGUUAUAUGCUUAUUUAUGCAACAGUGACCGAUGAUUGUGUGUAGAACAAGGAUCCAUAUCAUUAUAAAGAAACUUACAUACCUA